AAUAAUAAUACAUUACUUUCCCAUUUCUCGAAUCUGAAAGUACCAAGCAGCGCGUUAGAGAAUACUGAAUAGAGACCAUGGGGCAUUUUACCGAAUCAGGGUUUGCGAAAAGGGUUUGGACGUUUGGUUAUAGAUGCUGAUCGUGAUUAAGAUGUUACAGGGGAAGAGGAUAUCGGUUCCAUGAGCUCCAAUUUUGGUUCUAAAAUGGUGGAGCCUUCUGUAAUUUCGAAUGCGAGAUUUACAUAUGUGCAUGACUAUCAUAAGUUUCUUCCUCUCCAAGCCGUUGACACCCACCAUAUUGUCGCUCAAAGAAGUGUUGUGAAGCCAAUUGUCAUAUACCUCUUUGUGAUACUUCUCUUAUCAUAUGCUGCCUUUCUCCAUUUCGAACAGGGAAAACCAGUCACCACUGUUUUAUGGUGCCUACUUUUUGGUCUUCUCUUGGUCAAAUUGUUUAUUUGGAGACCAAUUGUGAAAGAGUCUGUGAUAAUCAUGCCUGCUUUUGGAGUCCAGCUUGAAACUCAUUAUGGAAGUGGAAAGAUAAGGCGAUGCUUUAUUCCUGUAAGCAAGAUUCUUAAACCGGUGCUGAAUGAACAUGUUACUCCAGUUACUUGUUGGUGGUGCUUAUCUCUCCUACUACGUGACCAAGAUGAACUUACCUUAGUUUUCAAGAAAUUCCAUCCACCCUUGAAAAUGUUGGUACCCAUAUGGAAAGCUUUAUGUGAUGCCACUGAAUGUAAACAAAGCUCUGAGGUGUUUCAAGAAGAAGAUUAA